AUGGUCGGUACCGAUUGCUACGCCGUCCGAAGCCUCGGUGUUGGCGAGAAUCCCGAGCUGGCUCGCUGGCGGGUCGAGCUGCUUCGGGAAGCCGCUCGUUGCGGCGCCCCGUUCGCGGCGGCGCCCCUCGCGACAGGCGUGUCGCACGACGGCGGCCCCUGGGAAGCGGCGCCCUGGCUGCCCGGGACGCCGUUGUCCCUGACGCCUGAUGACACGAUCGCCGUCGAGGCGGCUGUCGACGGGCUCGCCCAGUUCCAUCGCGUCACGCGGCAGCUCGGUCAGCCAAGCCAGUCGCAAACCGCUUCGCCGAUUGAUAACCGCCUUCGCCGGCUCGCUUCGAUCCGCGGCGAGCCGCUUGGGCGAAAUGACCAAACAGCAGUCGCCCGGUGGCCUGACCUGAGACCGAUCGCGGAUCAACUCGCUGCCGCCGCCGACAAAGCGACCGCGUUGCUCCACGCGUGCGUCGAGGCAACCGACGCCCAGCCUGUCCACGGUGACGCCCGCCCCGAGCACUUCUUACUGCAGGACGGCGUGCUCACCGGCCUGAUCGACUUUGGGGCGAUGCGUGUCGACAGCGUUCUGGCCGACGUGGCGCGCCUCGCCGGCGAGCUCGCGGCGGGUGACGCCGACCGGCGAGAUCAUCUCGCGGAACUCUAUGAGGUCACCUCCGGGACACCGGCGCCCCGGCAGACGAUCGCGGCACUCGACGCCGCUGCCGCCGUCAUCUCGGCCGCCAACUGGCGCCGCUGGCUCGGCGAACCCGACCCGCCGAGCCGCGACCCGGCGAUGCUAGCGACCCGCUCUCUCCACUGCCUCGCGUUGAUGGCGACCACGCUGGCCGCCUGCGUGGCGUCUGCGCAGUACAGCCCGACGAUCGACAUCGGCGCCCUCGGCCAACCGGCCGACGACGGUUUCGACUUCCCUGAUCCGGAAAGCGCCGCCGAGUCGGCAGUGUCCGCGUCCCCUGGAAGCGAUCUGGUAGCGCUCUCGGCUCGCUACGCUGUGGCCGAUGGCGAAGCGCCCGCGAUGAUCGAGGUCACCGCCCGAAUCGCAAGGAACCACUACGUCUACUCGACGACCCAGGCGGCCGGCGGCCCGCUGCCGACAAGCAUUAAGGUUGACCCUGCCAGCGGCGUUCGCGUCAUCGGCCCGUGGCAGGCAGACGUCGCGCCAACGGUCGACUACUGGCCUGACGCGUACGGCGACUUGCCGCUCGAGGAACAUCACGGAACCGUCCGUUGGCGUGCGCCGAUCGAAGUCGCUCCCGGUGCUGUUCCGGCGUCCGCGAGCGUUGCGGGAACGGUCGACACGAGCGUCUGCGGAGGCGUCGGCGACGCCAAGUCGUGCGUGCCGCUCGACGGCCUCGCGUUCGAGGCGACGCUCGUAGCGCCCGGAUCGAUCCCGCCGCCGAGCGCCGCGCCGAUCGCGCCCGCCGCCGAGCCACUCGAGGUGUCGGAGCUGCUGCCGCUGCUCGGUCUCGCGCUCAUUGGCGGACUGAUCCUCAACCUGAUGCCGUGCGUGCUGCCCGUCAUCGGGCUGAAGGUGCUGUCUUUCGCUGAACAAGCGGGGCACGACCGCGGCAAGGUGCUCGCGCUCAACCUGGCGUACGUCGCCGGACUGAUGUCGGUCUUCCUGCUGCUGGCCGGCCUGGCGUCGCUCGCGGGCUUGGGCCUCGCGAGCGAGAGCCUCGGCUGGGGCGAGCUCUACACCAUCACCGAGUUCAAAGUGGGCGUCACCGCCCUCGUCUUCGCGAUGGCGCUGAGCUUCCUCGGCGUCUGGGAGAUCCCAAUCCCCGGCUUCGCGGGCGCCGGCAAGGCGAACGACCUGCAAGCCGAGGAAGGGUUCUCGGGCGCGUUCUUCAAAGGCGUCUUCACCACGGUGCUCGCCACGCCCUGCAGCGGGCCGUUCUUGUUCCCCGUGUUCAGCGCCACGCUGACAACGCCGCCGGCGAUCACGUUCUUGAUCUUCGCCUUCGUUGGACUCGGCAUGGCGUCGCCCUACCUGUUGAUCGGGCUGUUCCCGUCGCUGAUCACGUGGUUGCCGAAGCCGGGCCCGUGGAUGGAAACGUUCAAGCAACUCAUGGGCUUCGUGCUGCUGGGGACGGUCGUGUACCUGAUCACGACGAUCACCUACGAGUCGCGCACCGCCGUGCUCAUCACGCUCGUCGCGAUCGGAUUCGCCUGCUGGUGGAUCGGUCGCACGCCGCUCACGGCGCCGGCGUCGACGCGGACGACCGCUUGGGUCGGCGGCACGGCGACAGCUGUCGCCACGGGCCUGCUCGCUUUCACACUGCUUGGGCCGAGCGACCACACGCUCCCGUGGAGUCCCUACUCGCAGUCGGCGCUCAAGGUCGCCAAGGCCGAGGGCAAGACCGUGCUCGUCGACUUCACCGCCGACUGGUGCCUCACCUGUAAGCUGAACCUCAAACGGGCGAUCAACACCGAGCGGGUCCAAUCGGUGGUCGAAGCCAAUGACGUCGCGACGCUGCUGGCCGACUGGACCGACAAGAACGCCGAGAUCAAACAGGCGCUGAUCGCGCUCGGCAGCCGCAGCAUCCCGCUGCUGGCGAUCUACCCCGCCGACCGCCCGGACGAGCCGAUCCUGCUGCCCGACGUGAUCUCCGAAGACGACCUGCUCGCGGCGCUAGCCGAAGCGGGCGCGGUGCAAGGCAACGCCGCUGACGUCGACACGCCGCUGAUCGAGAUCGGCGACGCGACGACCGGCGCGUACCGCUAG